UAGAAAGAAAGAGGAGGAGGGACAAAAAAGACUGGGUAGAAGGAAAGAAAGGGAACAUUGCACUGUCUGUUUUCGUUUUUAUUGCAGUGAAUAACAGCAGAAAGUCUUUCUCUUCAAUGCACGGAUAAAUCUUACGCAAACGGUUUCUAUCUUUAGUUGAAGGAAAACAGUUGGCCACGAGGUGGACUCGCGAGUUUAAAGUGAUUUGAGCGUUUGUGGUUUACUUUCUAAAAAGGGUUGCAGUCCUGUAAGUGCUUUAUUUGUAGUGACAAGAAGAGCAAGCGAAGCAAGUAAUCAAAUAUAGAAGCAACCUUAUAUGAGUUAUAUAGAAAUAUUAUCAAGUUCCCAAAUGCCAUUCAGUUUUGCGAGAAGGAGACAAUAAUAGAUCUAGAAGUGGCACUUUAAAUCACGCUGCUUAGCAAACGGUGGGGGAACCACCCGGUAUCUACUAUAUCAGCCGGUAAUUCACAGGAUAUCUGCGGACUAUGGCGGCCGUUACAAGCACAGAACCGAGCCAACAAGCUCGAGUUUACUUCCAGACCCCCACCGGCUCAACCGAAGAAGCGGAGAUUCCGGUCCGAAAACAAGGUCGGGUCACAGUGAAAUACGACCGGAAAGAACUGAGAAAGAGACUUAAUUUGGAAGAGUGGAUUAUUGACCAACUAACGUAUCUCUACAACUGUGAGGAGGAAGCAAUUCCAGAGCUAGAGAUUGAUGUGGAUGAACUGUUGGAUAUGGAGAAUGAUGUAGACCGUGCCGCUAGGGUCAAGGAGCUGCUGGUCGACUGUUAUAAACCUACUGAAGAGUUUGUAGCUGAAUUGCUGGACAGGAUCCGUGGCAUGCAGAAGCUCAGCACUCCUCAGAAGAAAUGAAGCUCCUCCCACUUCCACCGCUCCUCAACCGAUCCAAUCCCUCUAGUCCCAAUUUUAGGGGUGUGACUAUUCAGCCCUGAGCUGGUGCUCAUCCAAUCCCAUGACUCCUUUGCAUCAGUUGUGAAGGAGAUGGAGGAAGGGUUAUAGGAGUGUCUAGCCAAUCAGAUCCUUAGAAGCAGGGCUUAUUGUUUUCUCAUUUUGUUAACCUUAAUGUUAUUUUAAUCAAUUUCAUUUUUUUUGUAAAGGAGGAAAGAUUUGUUUUUGAAAUGUUUUAAUUGUUAUAAAUUUAGUUUUGUUUCUAUGCAUGGUUUUGGAUUUUUGUUAUAAUUUGGUUUUCAUUUAUUUUCAAAACUCUCGGUACUGUCUGUUGUUUGUGAAACUGUGACGAUCAUUUGUACAUAACAAUGUCUGAGGAGAUCCUAAAGAAGUGGCCUUCCAGAAUUAUUAUUUCUUUCUGUUUUUGAUCCUCAUCUUUGUUCUAUAAUUGUGCAUUUAAGGGCUUAAAUCAGGAGCAGUUAUGGAUAAUGUUUAUUAAAGAAGACCUAAUAAAGAGAUUGAAGCUGUGUAAAGUGGAGAGAGUUACUUCGGUGUCAUUAUUUUUACGGAUGGAGGGAACUUUGUGUUAAAAAAUGCGGCUAUGAUUUAUUUUCUUAAACACACACCACACACUGUCAAAUGCCACACCACCCUAAGGGAUUUGGAUAAAUAACUACACACACAUCACAAACCACAGCUGUGGAUCUACAGAUGUGUAUGCUGGCUCCUCCAGAGACAGAAAGAGGAAUAGGGAGAGAAUGAAAGGAUAAGAGCAUGGUAGACAAACUAUACAGCAUGUCAUGGACACUGCCAAGUGUUCAUUUAGACUUAAUCCUCUCACAUGACUCCGUUAAAUCAUCUUCACUAGAAAGCCAUCUGCUCUUUUGUCUCAGCAAACCAAAUGCUGUAAUAAGAGGGCCAAUAGUCACACUUGGUGCUCUUAACAUGCAUCAUUUCAAUAUUGGAAGAGCUAUUUCCAUCGCAUGCACUGUUAUCACUGAUAUUUAUGAUGCACACACACAUAGGCUUCUACAUUAUUUAUUAAAGUCCCUCUAUAUCCCUACUGAGUUCAGGUGUGGAUUACAUAAAAGCAGGUGCAAAACUAUCCCCCAUAUAGCUCCUUUUUUCCCACAAUCUUUCCUCCAUCUGCUCACUUAUUCUUUUUGGCCCUCACUAUUCAUAUUCUUUCUUUUACCUGCUCUUCACACAUUUCUUUUAAAAUGAGAGUCACCCUCAAUACCUUCAGAUGUUGCCUUAGGUUAUGUUUAUGUUAUGAAAACCAAAAUUUUGUACAUUUGACGAAUACAAAACACUUGGAUACAAAUGGAAAUCCUUUUGCAGCUUUAGGAUGCAAAAUGUUCUUGUACUUUCAAUGAUGCUUUUUUUUUUUUUAAAGGUAGUUGACAAUAUCAGACAGGGCAUUUUAUAGAUGACAUAAUUAAACAGUCCAUUUUUAGCAUUGUGUCAACCUUGUAGUGCAGCUGAUUCCUAUUUUCCAUGUCCAUUGGGAGAUGGGAGGAUUGAAAGAAUGAACUGAACUUUUAAAUUUAAGAAAUAGGAAACAUUUAAGCAAUUGUGUAAGACUGUGUUCAUGGUCAUAUCUUUUUGGAGAAAAAAAAUCUUGUAGCAAUACUAAACUGUCUUUGUUUUUGCCCAAUUUUCUUACACUUUUAUGCAACUUUAAUAAAAAUAUGUUUAAUUACA